AUGGCGACCAGCGCUGCAGCUACAGAGAGCUCCGUGAGGAAGAGGCGCGUGGACAGCAGGAGGACGGAGAAGGAGAGAGUCCCUGGCGGCUCUUUAGACGGAACUGCCACCAAUGGAGACUCGGAGAAAAAGAAGCAGUUUGUGUCCUUACAACCCGGAACUUACUGGCUCACUCGUAUUGUGCUGCUGCGCUCAGUCGCUUUCAUUUACUUUGUGGCCUUUACAGUUGCCUACAACCAGAACAAACAGCUGAUUGGAGAGAAUGGGCUAAUGCCUUGCAAGAACUACCUGAACAGCGUCAAGCGCUAUGUCGGAGGAAAGAUCGGCACGUCAGCCCUGGCAUACACACCUUCCAUCCUCUGGUUCUUGGACUGGACCAGCAUGGACGCCAACCUGGACUGCAUUGCCUUGCUUGGGAUGGCGUUGUCAGGGUUCGUCCUGGUGACAGGGAUGGCCAAUAUGGUGAUCAUGGUGACUCUGUGGGUGCUUUACCACUCCUUGGUCAACGUGGGACAGCUGUGGUACUCCUUUGGUUGGGAGAGCCAGCUGUUGGAGACGGGCUUCCUGGCCGUCUUCCUGUGUCCGCUGUGGACUCUGUCCCAGGUUCCCAGCAGCUGUCCCCCCUCCCUCGUCUGCAUCUGGACCUUCAGGUGGCUCAUCGUUCGCAUCAUGCUGGGAGCUGGCCUCAUUAAAAUCAGAGGAGACCAGUGCUGGAGAGACCUGACCUGCAUGGACUACCACUAUGAGACCCAGCCAGUGCCAAACCCCAUGUCCUACUACAUGCACCGCUCUCCGUGGUGGUUCCACCGCUUCGAGACACUGUCCAACCACUUCAUUGAGCUCAUUGCUCCCUUCUUCACCUUCCUGGGUCGGCAGAUGUGCAUGGUGAACGGAGCCAUCCAGAUUCUUUUUCAGGUAGUCUUGAUCAUCAGUGGGAACCUGAGUUUCCUCAACUGGCUGACCAUUGUUCCUAGUUGGGCCUGCUUCGAUGACGCAUCGCUAAGCUUUCUGUUUCGCUGCGGCUCCAGAGCUAAGGAAGCGGUGCUGGAGAUCCAGAAGAGGAAAGUGACCGGACAAGCCCCCAAACCCACAAAAGGCAUGUUGAUACGGCAGGUGGUGAACAUUUCUUUGGGUGUUCUCAUUGGCGUCCUGAGCGUGCCAGUGGUGAUGAACCUGUUGAGUCCACGGCAGGUGAUGAACACUUCCUUCGACCCGUUGCGUAUCGUCAACACCUACGGGGCUUUUGGAAGCAUCACCAAAGAACGGACUGAGGUGAUCUUCCAGGGAACUCUGAGCCCAGAUCCCAAAGACCCUGAGGCGGUUUGGGAGGAGUACCAGUUCAGGUGUAAGCCAGGAGACGUGUACCGACGGCCCUGCCUCAUAUCGCCCUACCACUACCGGCUGGACUGGCUCAUGUGGUUCGCUGCCUUCCAGACCUAUGAGCAGAGCGAGUGGGUCAUCCAGUUAGCUGGACGCCUGCUGGCCAACGACAGCACUGUCCUCUCGCUACUCGACCACAACCCCUUCCAAGGCAGAGACCCCCCCAGAUGGGUUCGAGGAGAACACUUCAGGUACAAAUUCUCUCAGCCGGGCAGCGCCAGCGCAGCACAGGGCAAAUGGUGGCUGAGAAAACGCAUCGGAGCCUACUUCCCUGCCGUAGACCUGGAAGGACUCAGAGGCUACUUCCAGUCCAGGAACUGGCCUCACCCACACAUCCCACCAAGCAGGAGCUGAAGUCAAACGGGAUAAAAAAUAAGUCAUUUCAAAGCAGUUUGGAGCCAAGGUUACACUUUAUGCAGAUGACAUCAGGUUUCUCAAGAACUGCUUGAU